AUGUAAAUGCCCGUUCUGGACAUUUCAUGGAAAUGGAAUCCCAUAUAUGACACCGUUCCUAUUCAGUCCAGCGUGGUGUUAUGUUCUUGCCCGUCCCCAUCAAUGGUGAGGACCCAGACUGAGUCCGGCUCGGCCCCUGGCAUUCCCAGUGGUGGUAGCAGACAGGGCUCCACCAUGGACAGCACCGCGGCUGAGUCCCGAUCGAGCGCCAACUCGCUGCAGCACACCACACAGCCACCGCCACAGCCUCGGAAGAAACGGCCCGAAGACUUCAAAUUUGGGAAAAUUCUUGGUGAAGGCUCUUUCUCAACAGUUGUCCUGGCCCGAGAACUGGCAACCUCAAGGGAAUACGCUAUUAAAAUUCUAGAGAAACGUCACAUUAUCAAAGAGAACAAGGUCCCGUAUGUAACCAGAGAGAGAGACGUGAUGUCACGCCUGGAUCACCCGUUCUUUGUUAAACUUUACUUCACAUUUCAGGAUGAUGAAAAGCUGUACUUUGGUCUUAGUUAUGCCAAAAAUGGAGAACUACUUAAAUACAUUCGCAAAAUUGGCUCAUUCGAUGAGACGUGCACCCGGUUUUACACGGCCGAGAUGGUGUCGGCUCUGGAGUACUUGCAUGGCAAGGGCAUCAUUCACAGGGACCUGAAACCAGAAAACAUUUUGUUAAAUGAAGACAUGCACAUCCAGAUCACAGAUUUUGGAACAGCGAAAGUCUUAUCCCCGGAGAGUAAACAAGCCAGGGCCAACUCGUUUGUAGGAACAGCCCAGUAUGUGUCUCCAGAGCUGCUCACAGAGAAAUCGGCCUGUAAAAGUUCGGACCUUUGGGCUCUCGGAUGUAUAAUAUAUCAGCUUGUGGCAGGACUGCCGCCUUUUCGAGCGGGAAAUGAAUAUCUUAUAUUUCAGAAGAUCAUUAAGCUGGAGUAUGACUUUCCUGAAAAAUUCUUCCCUAAGGCAAGAGACCUUGUGGAAAAACUUUUGGUUUUAGAUGCCACGAAGCGAUUAGGCUGCGAGGAAAUGGGAGGGUACGGCCCUCUGCAGGCUCACCCCUUCUUCGAGUCCAUCUCGUGGGAAAACCUGCAGCAUCAGACGCCUCCAAAGCUCACCGCUUACCUGCCGGCCAUGUCGGAAGAUGACGAGGACUGCUACGGGAAUUACGACAACCUCCUGAGCCAGUUUGGCUGCAUGCAAGUGUCCACGUCCUCGUCGUCACACUGCCUGCCCGCCUCGGACGCAGGCCUGCCGCCAGCGGCGGGCAGCAACAUCGAGCAGUACAUCCAUGACCUGGACACUAACUCUUUUGAGCUGGACCUCCAGUUUUCCCAAGACGAGAAGAGGCUCCUGCUGGAGAAGCAGGCCAGCGGCAAUCCUUGGCACCAGUUUGUAGAAAAUAACUUGAUACUAAAGAUGGGUCCGGUAGAUAAGCGAAAGGGCUUGUUUGCACGACGACGACAGCUACUGCUCACAGAAGGGCCACACUUGUAUUAUGUGGAUCCUGUCAACAAAGUCCUGAAGGGCGAAAUUCCGUGGUCACAAGAACUCCGACCAGAGGCCAAGAACUUUAAAACCUUCUUUGUCCACACGCCGAACAGAACGUAUUACCUGAUGGACCCGAGUGGGAAUGCUCACAAAUGGUGCAAAAAGAUCCAGGAAGUGUGGAGACACAGGUACCAGAGCCACCCGGACGCCGCCGUGCAGUGA